GAUUUCAAAAAUUCUAGAGUGAAAGCGCUUCUUUUAUUGCCCAACGGUGUUUUACACAGUACGUUUGUGGAAGAUGGAGUGGGGAUUGGUAACUUUAAAUAAAUUAGCGACCACUUUUAAACCAUAUUGGUCUGAAAAUGGGAUAUUUAUCUUUAUACUCACGUUUUUGUGGAUAGUAUAUUUUUGGGAGAAUUAUCUUUCAUAUAGACAGCACAAGGAAUACAAAAAUGCUGCAUCUGUACCUCCUGAGCUGGCAGGUGUUAUUGACUCAGAAACCUUCGCUAAAGCAAGGGCUUAUCAGUUGGACAAAAGUUAUUUUGGAUUCUGGGCAGGACUUUGGGAUCAAUUGGAAAACACUGUGAUUCUUGUGUGUGGUGGAAUACCAUUCCUGUGGAAGGUAGCAGGUAAUAUUUGUGCCCAUUAUGGAUUUAAUCCAGAUUAUGAGAUCAUUCAAACAGUAAUGUUUUCAAUUUUGGGAUCAGUGUUCUCAUCUGUUGUUAGUUUACCGUGGGUCAUAUAUAGGGUAUUUGUUUUGGAAGAACGACACGGUUUCAAUAAACAGACUCCAGGAUUUUUCAUCAAGGAUCAGAUCAAAAAGUUUAUGGUUACUCAAUAUCUGUGGCUUUUUUGUUUUGUGGUCUCUCUAGUACUGAUGACUAUUUAUCCAGAUUUUAUUGCUCCCCUUUUUGACAAGUUCACUCCUCUUCCCGAAGGAGAAUUGAGGACACAGAUUGAAGCAUUGGCAGCUAGUAUAGACUUUCCUCUGAAAAAACUCUUCAUUGUUGAAGGAUCUAAGAGGUCAUCUCAUAGUAACGCUUACUUCUAUGGUUUCUACAAAAACAAAAGAAUUGUUCUCUUUGAUACGCUUGUUGAAGACUACAGUCCUUUAAAUGAAGAUAGCAACAAAAGUGAAACUAGUGAAGAGGAGAAAGACAAAGAGACAGUUGAAGAAACCGAGAAGAAACCAAAGAAAACUGGUUGCAAUAAUCAAGAGGUUUUAGCUGUCUUAACUCAUGAAUUAGGUCAUUGGCAGUUCAGCCAUACCACUAAAUAUUUGGUAAUAUUUCAGGUAAACCUUUUCCUAAAUUUCCUGGUGUUUUCCAUGCUGUACAAGAGCCAGAUUUUGUAUGCUGCUUUUGGCUUUAAGAUGGAAAAACCUGUUUUUAUUGGACUACUUAUCAUUUUCCAGUAUAUCUUCUCUCCAUAUAAUGAGCUUCUGUCCUUCCUCUUGAAUGCCUUAAGUAGAUAUUACGAGUUCCAAGCAGACGCAUUUGCAAAAGCAAAGAACAAAGCAGCAGAUUUACGAAGUGCCCUCAUCAAACUGAAUAAAGACAACCUUGGUUUUCCUGUUGAUGACUGGCUCUUCUCUGCUUGGCAUCAUUCCCAUCCACCACUGCUUCAAAGAGUCAGAGCUCUAGGGAAAAUCGACUGAUUUUUGAACUUCAAAAACACGAACCAGUGUUUAAGAUUAAAAUCAUCUUGCACAGUUUUGGAUUACUUUAAGUUUAAAUUAUUAUUUUAGGAGAAACAGAAGUUUUGCUGGUUUCAGUGUAUACAUAAAAAUUGUGCUAAAGUCAAUAAAGUUUUGGCUCAUUACUUUAUUAUCA